CGCUUUAUAAACAUGUUUAAUUAUGGCGUCACUUCCGUUGCGUUGCUGCUGACAACGUAUUGUCCUGCCUCAUUUUGAGUUUACACUCAAAGCUGUGAAGACGUUUUUAGACGAGUGAUUCAAAAUGUUGUCGAACUACAAUAUAAUCAAAGGUAAAAUGGAGGCCAUGACACGAAAUGUCCGGCUGUACCAUUUAUCUAGUGAACAUCUUCAUUAAGGAAGGAUUGAGACUGACUUGCAAUGAAGAGGACUUCAAGCAAGAAAUGAAUGAUUUCAUGGAAGAUGUGUACAAGGGCCACAAGUGGGAUUUCUCUGAGUGGCAGUCUCGGCUUGCUACGAACACGUCCCACCCAGACGACAACAGUGAGUGGCUGAAAAGGGAGGAGACCAAGAAUUUCCAUGAUCAGUUUGCCCUCAACAAGAAACUUGUGUAUCAAGUGCACAUCUGUGAGAAACAGCUGCGGGAGAGACUAUCUCGUGGACUCAAGAUUGGUGACUGUUCAGUUACCGAGAUCUACUAUAGCUUUCCCCAGCUUCUUGCACAGCAGAUAGAGAAGUUCCAACCUCUCACUGCUCUCUGUGAUCACAUCUCUCGACACUAUGAUCUCAACUUUGAUCCGGAGUGCCGCCGUGUGCACUGGCUGUUGAGCCUGGAGGCAGAGGGUGUUGACCUGUCCACCCUUCCACAGACAAAGGAGGCCCCUCUCUCAUACAUGCCAGAGAAACCAAUCUGCUCCUCCUCCAACUCCCUCCUCCUGGGGGUACCAAAACCCAAGACCUCGCUGCCACAGGAUAUCAGUACGUCCCUGGCAGAUCUAGAUGGUUUCAUGUCAAAUUAUGACAUGGCUGCCCACAUUUCUGCAGGACCAGUUACAGAUCUCGCCCAGUUGACCCCUUAUACCAUUAGGGAUCUUCUCCAGAGCACUUCCACUCAGCUCCCUGGUCUUCUCGCUGGCCCCUGUCAAGAAGGACCCUACAUGGCACCUACAGGGACCCAUCCCCUGACCCCUCUUGAUGAGGACUAUGGAGACUCUGCUUUCAGCAUAAAGGCCACUAAUAUGGUCAAGCCAUGUGCCCACUUCAGAAAGGUGGACAACAGACCCAUAAACCAGGCGCCAGUGUUGGUUGGAAGUGAGUGCCCUCACGUGUUUGAGAACCGCAAGCGGCGUGUGGCGCAUAUCAGCGCUGCCAUCAUGGAGCGAGCCACGCCAGGAGAGGCACAGGAAAUGGCUGCACUCAGGUUGAAGGUUAUGGAGAGCAUACAGGCAAAGAGAGCCAAGAUUGCUGACUGGAUUCAGGAACAGAGUGAACGAGUUCAUAAGCAAGUGGUCAGCGAACUCCAAAAGGAGACAAGCCGUAAACGCAAGGCCAUCAACACGGUCCACUACUUUAAGCAUGCAGAGAAGGUUGCCAAGCUUGUGCCCCUGGUGGGCAAGGUAGUCCAAGACAGUGAGGAGAAACCCAGAGCUUGUGGUGUUAGGGCAGAGACUGCUAAGCUGCCCAGGAUUGUCCUGAAAAUCCACAGGGACAGAAACAACAACUGGGUUUCUAAACAAGGAGAGAGGAACUGUUGAGCGACUACAUGUGCCACAUUCAAUAGAUUCUUUAUUGUUCAUCACUCAAUUUAAUCAGAUUAUUGUAUGCUAAUCUUCAUAAAUAGCUGUUGUAUGCACAAUCAAUGCUUUUAAACAGAAUGUUACAAUUUACAAAACAUGUAUUAUAUGAUUUAAAUUUACAUGUGAACUUUUAAUAUAGAAUUAAGUUAUGCGAUAUUUAUAUGAUAAUAUAUGUUUUAAAAAUAUUUUUAAAAGUUUAUUUGUUUAUUUUUACAUCAUAUUUUUUGUAAAUUUCUAUCAAGUUACAAUUCAAAACCUCAGAAUAAAUAGUUAUGUUUAAAUAUAUA